AUGGUCAUGCUACGACUGCCUCUAUGGCGCCAGUCGCCGCUCCGAGCGCACCGCUUCCCUGUGGUCCGUUAUCGGCGAACUCCCAGCUCACCCGCUCCAGCACGCCCCAGCCAUCGCCUCCUGUCUUCCACAUCAGCAUCUUUCCCUACUCUCUCGCAGUUUAAUCGGUCGGAUUUUACGGGCCAGCCGUGGUCGGGAAAUUAUGAAGCAGGGCUCCCAACUGCAGGACCCCUGGGGUCGACUCCGGCUUUCGGAGCGCCGCGCAUCACGCCUAAAACGUUGAAGCAGUACCUCGAUCAGUUUGUGGUCGGACAGGACCGUGCGAAGAAGAUCCUUAGUGUUGCUGUGUUCAAUCAUUACCAGCGGGUUCAGGAACUGCAACGGCGCGCGGAAGAGAAUGCAGAGCUGUUGGCGAAACGGACCCGGAGAGAAGCCAUUGAGCACCAUCCGCUCGAAGAUGACUUCCCCGGUCAACAGAAAACUCCCUCCAUCACCCCUCAGUCGAGUCGGCCGCCACCUUCGGAGCAGCCCGAACUCAACGACACGCCCGCGUUGGAGUUGGAGAAAUCCAACAUCCUUCUCCUCGGCCCGUCUGGAGUGGGUAAGACGCUCAUGGCGAAGACGCUAGCAAGGGUCCUGUCUGUCCCCUUCAGCAUCUCCGACUGCACUGCGCUCACCCAAGCGGGCUAUAUCGGGGAGGAUGCUGAGGUGUGCGUUCACCGACUCCUGGCUGCUGCGAACUAUGACGUCGAGCAGGCCGAGCGCGGCAUCAUCGUUCUCGAUGAGAUGGACAAAAUCGCAGCGGCCAAGGUCAGCCACGGAAAAGAUGUCAGCGGAGAAGGCGUGCAACAGGCGCUUCUCAAGAUCAUCGAAGGUACAACAGUGCAGGUGCAGGCGAAACAAGAGAAGAACGCCCCUCGUGCAGGUAGCGCACCCAACAGUUACCCGUCCAACAGCCCCUUAGGCAACCCACCAUUCUCCCCACCCAACGGCGGCAACACGCCCCAGAAGGGCGAGGUCUACAACGUCCGCACGGAUAACAUCCUGUUCGUCUUCUCCGGCGCAUUCGUCGGCCUCCACAAAGUCAUCAUGGACCGCAUCUCGCGCGGGUCCAUCGGAUUCGGCCAGCCCGUCCGCUCGCAGUCCACCGCCAACGAGCGAUCCGGAGACUCAGGCGCCUCAAACAAUCAACCGAUCCCUAUCGUCCCGGGAUCCGAUGAAGAAGCCCUAUACAAGAAACACCUCCCAUUCUUCAACCCCACGACGCCGCAGACCCCAGACAGCGAACCCGUAUACUUCAACGCACUCGACCUCCUCAACCCCACCGACCUCCAAAGCUACGGCUUCAUCCCUGAGCUCGUCGGUCGCGUCCCCGUCACAGCCGCGCUAUCCACCCUCGCCCAGCCCCUCCUCGUCCGCAUCCUCACCGAACCCCGCAACUCGCUCCUCGCCCAAUACACAACCCUCUUCUCCCUCUCCGGCAUCGAACUCCGCUUCACAACCCCGGCCCUGCACAAAAUCGCCGCAAACGCCUUCACAAUGGGCACCGGCGCCCGCGCCCUCCGCACAGAAAUGGAAGCCAUCCUCAGCGACGCAAUGUUCGAAACCCCAGGCUCAAGCGUCAAGUUCGUCCUCGUCACAGAGAACGUCGCCGCGCGCGGCGAGAAACCCAUCUAUCUCGCCCGCGGCCAGGGCGGCAAAUUCCACUCAACGAUCGCGGCCGAGGAGAGCCAGUGGGAGGAUAAAGUGCGCCGCGAGAAGAACAAGGAGAGGAAGAAGAAGGGUGAUGAUGCACCGGCUAAUGCCAGCGAUCGGGAUGAUUCUUCGGACUUUCAUGAUUAUCGCUCGCGAGCGGCCGGUUCUUAGCGUCGACACCCUCUUCGAGCUGCUCUCUAUUUUUCACUCACUGCAGCAUCUCUUUUUCAUUCCCAGGAAGGCACACGCACAUAUCCAAGUUUAUACCAAAAUGAGCGCGUUUCCUCUUCUUGUAUUGUGACUACCAGUCGCUUAUCGUACGGCGUUUCUUGGAACUUCUGCAUGUUCAUUUCAUUCCCGCGUCUCGUCUUUACGAUGCUCGGUUUAUUAUGGAUAACAUGAAUUGCGGGCAAUUAUUUCAAUUUCAUUACAUGAAAUGCAUUCAUCCACCU